AUGAUCGAAGUGGAACCGGCGAUGUGGAUCGUUCUACUUAUAGUGGCAUGGUCGAUCUGUGGGCUGCUAGAGAUCCUCAAAACGCUCGAUACCGACAUGCCAGAGAGCCACGAACUCGUCGAGUCCUUCAUGAUGUUUGCGUGGAUGUUACUACUGCUCCACGUUAUGGUGUGUCUGUACUUCCGCUCCUGCGUACACCACUUGCUCCACUCUGCAGCGUUCAGUAAGGACAAGGCCACACUCGUUGCCAACUUGAACGCCAUCGCCGAUGAAGAAGCAGAAGCGUGGAAGAACGAGGAAGCAGACAAGGCGUUGGAGGUCAUGGGCUUCAUUCAAGAGCACCACGAAGAGCUGGAGCUCCAACGUGAACGCAACAAAAAGGCAGGUGUCGGACACCUCAACAAGCGACGCGAAAGCUUGGAUGGUGUCAUGCCCGAGUCUCCGAACAUCGAGAUCCGCUUCUUCUCGCACAAGGGAUGGCACAUUGGCGUCAUGUUGCUGCUUAUUCUCAACGGGUUCCUCAUUACGCUCUUUGUACAGUGUGCAUUCUACGAUAUGGACGAUAUCUACGAAGACUUCGGUACACUACCCACUAUCAUGGUACCGCUCCCCCUGGUGAUCAACGCAGUGGUUCUACAGCGUCACAUCUUCUAUGACUUUGUCGUCGUCAGCAACACGCUGCGUAUCAAUUCCCACACUCUUAGUGACGUGGUGGAGAACUUCAGUGAAGUGGUUCAUCUACGAUCCGAGUUUGCCACUACACUGCUGAACCAUAUUAUCCAACAAGAGCUGAAUAUCUCGGAUCUCCAGGCCGAAUUGAAGGCCCGGGACCGAACCAGCUCCGGAUUCAUCGACGUGGACGAUCUACGAGAAGUUCUGUCAAAGUUCGGCUUCCGCUUGACUCGCUAUCGCUUCAACAGCGUGGUGAAGCUCUUGUUUGAGCUCGAAGGCACUACCGUCGCGUACUCGCACGUGGUGCGUCUGGUGCUCAUGGCACAGAACGACAACCUCUUCGAAACGAUGUCCGUGCGUCAGCAACAGCCACACCCGCUACUGCGACCCAGUGUCAUGAUGUACGACGAUCUGAGCCAGUCCAGUAUGCGCUCCCAGUCCAACUACAACAUUUUCAACUCGACGCGACAGGUGCCGGUGAUGGCGCCGCCCAGUAUGGACGAACCUAAUGCGUCCGACUUUGUGACUGUCGCCAUGAGCAGCAAUAUUCUACCGCAGAUCUCAAGCCGCGGGGCUAAAGCCAUGAGUAUGGAGCGUCCCAGUGUCAGCUCGCAGGCUCUACACGACAUGUUCAACCUGCAUCGCUUGUCCGAAUCCCGCGUUCAACAUCUCUAGUGUCGCCGUCAUCUCCGUGUCGUAACUCAAAAGUUGAGCGAUCGUAGCUCAUAUAUGUGGAUAAAUUAGGCCCAAAGCAUAAAGUAUAUCAACAAUCAACCUUUUGCUAUGUCGUA